GCAAAGCAAAGGAGUCGCUUAUAAAGCAGAGAAGGGGCGUGUGCACCUGAUCCCAGCUCGGCUUGUGCUACAGUAUUAGCGUAUGCCCCGCAUUCUCUUCCCUGUGCUAAUCUAUCAUCGCUCCUUCUUAUGGCACUGAUUUCUGAACACAAAGACUGGCGGACGAGUGCGAGGCUUGUCACUAGCAGGAUGCUGCUGUAAUCCCACGAGCGGCGGAGGGGCGGCCGUGCUCUACUAUAGCUGUCGUGUCUCCAGCAGGAGCUGCCUGAUUUGCUGCAGUCUUACUGACAUAUGGAUGUGCUCUGAGUCGGGGGAGAUGCCAUCACAUCCCUUUUCCCUGCGCUGUGCUGCUGUGGAAGCUCUGCCUCUGUAGAAGCCUCUCAGUGCCUCCAUACUGCACCUUCUCUCCAGUGAGACCGACAAGCCAGGACCCAGAAAAUAGCUGCAGCUUCUGCACACCAAGCCCAAGAAGCACCUUCUGUCACAGAACUGCAACUUGUAACAAAGGCCAAGCACCCUCCCUCCCUGUGGAAAAGUACAUUGUGGCAGGUAGAGGAGAAAGCUGCCUAACUCCUGAAGACACUUACAGAGCCACGUGUUAGUGUGACAGUCCUCCUCAGAACUUAUACCACAGGCAAUACAGCAGAAACCCACAAGAAUACACACUGCUAAAGGGAACUAAGGAAUCAAAGUAGAAUAUGAGUCACUAAUAGGAGCCCUGGACAUGCCCAAAUGUGACCAGCAAGCUUCCUAAUGCUGCACACUGCCUGCACUGUGCACAGAGUUAAUCUGCCCACUCAGAAUGAAUUGCUGAGAUUACUAUGACCCCUCACUUGAAUCGCUGAAAGGAAAAACAAAACCCAAAAAGCAAAUUGUACUGGUUCAAGAGUUCAGGCUCCUGAGUAAUCAGCCCUGACACACCCUCCAUUCCCUGUAGGCUCAUAAGCAGCAGCCAGAGAUAGGCAUAGAGUAUUGUAUCCAGCCUUGCACAGUGCCAUGCUGAGGAGAUAGGGAAGGCAUAGUCACGUUAUGAGCCCUGGGCAGCGGCAGGACUAUGGAGAAAUCUGUGCCCAGUGUUUGCCACCCAGGUGAUUUGAAUCUGAAUGAGGGGAUUGCAGGGGCAUUUCCCAUGAAGACGUGUGGGACUGUGGCUGCCUCUGGGGCCAAUUGCGGGCAGUUUCAUCACAGCCUGCGAGACAGUGCUCAGCUGACAGAGACUAAUGGUGGAUACAGUGGGCACCAGGAGAGGGGGGAGGCUGCCAAUUCACUGAUUAGCCUACACAGUGAUAUCGACGAUAGAUCCAGUGCUGAUCUGUCCCGCGAGAGCUCAGGACUUCUGGGGGGCCCAUGGGACAUGAAUAACACAAUAUCUGAGUCCGAAGAGGAAGCGGAGGACAGAAGUUUAUCAGAUCCCAGGAGCCAGUCAGAGCCUGGACAGAACAGCAGAGAUUUGAUGGGGGCAGCAGACCCUCUGGAAGGGCAGGAAGCAAGUUGUCCAGCAGCACCUCUUGGGGAACCCGAUCUUAUCAUAGAAGUGACCGGGGGACAAAGGAUCCAAGCCCACAAGUCAGUUCUGGCUGGGAAAAGUGACUACUUCAGGGCUCGCAUGUCCCGAGAUAUCCUAAAGAUUAAGGGUUUAAGUUACCAGACCCUGUGGCUGCUGGUGGAUUAUAUCUAUAGCGGGCGGCUAGAAGUCAGUCAGGAAAAUGUAGUGGAGGUGAUCAGUGGGGCCAAGUUCUUGCAGAUGCCCUGUGCUGUGCAGUGUGCCAUGGACAGCAUGCGCUCCCAGAUCUGCCUGCACAACUGCUACCAAGUCCUGCACAUCUCAAAGAAGCAGCGACUGACCGAGCUCAGGGAGGCUGCCUACAAGUUCAUGAGCGACAACUUCUUGCAGGUGCUGCGGGAGCCCAAGGUGUAUGGCAGACUGACCGGACCAGAGAGGGAACUGAUCUUGCAGCGCAGGCUGGAUGGCAAGCAUUGCCUGGUAGUUGCAGAACUCAAUGAUGCAUUUGAGCGACUAAGUAGCAGCAGCAGACCUCAGAGCCGGGAGAGUAGCCGACCCCAAAGCCCGUCAUCGGUUGUCUCACUGGAAGAGGAUGCAGCCACUUACCAGGUUCAGUUCUACAGCGAGUCCUGUGGAGGAUGGAAACCCCUGACCCACCUGCCCGAAGAAGCUAACAGCAAGGGUUGCGGGUUGUGUGUGCUCUACAACUACCUGUUCAUUGCUGGAGGCAUCAGGGGCAGGGGGGACAAGGCCAAGCUCUCCGACCAAGUGUUCUGUUAUAACCCUCUCACUGACUCCUGGGAGAAGCUCCGAUCCAUGUCCCAGCCCCGCUCUCAGCUUAAGUUGUUGGCCUUGGAUGGCUACCUGUACGCCAUCGGAGGUGAGUGCCUCUUUACUGUGGAAAAGUAUGACCCACGACUUGACCGAUGGACCACGGUAGCCCCGUUACCCAAAGGGGCAUUUGCUGUGGCUCAUGAAGCUACCACCUGCAAUGGGGAGAUCUAUGUAUCAGGGGGGACUCUAUUCUACCGGCUGCUCAAGUACGAGCCCAAGUGUGACAAAUGGCAGGAGUGUCCAUACAACAACAGUCGUAGGCGAUCUGCCGGCAUGGUCUCCCAUCGGGGCUCCAUCUAUCGCUUCGACAUCAGUCGCGAACACGGCCUCAGUGUGUUCACCUACAACUCCAUGGCCCGACACUGGAGCGAAGGGGUCCAUCUCCUGCGUCCUUGCACUGGGCCACCCCACUCUAUCCUGCCCUUCCGAUGCACAGUGAAGGGGAGCCACAUCUACUGCCUGAAUCGUGCCAGCACCCUGCGAGUGCCCUUACCCCCAGAGGGAACCGGGGGACAAAUGGGCACUUGCGCUGCAGAGCACUUCCCAGCCCCAGAGGAGACAAAGGGGGUCCUUUUCCCCUUUGUUCUUUCUUUGCCAGAUGGCAAGCAAGUACACUGAAGGGCCUAUGGACUAACACAGGUGCAAAGGUGCACAAAGUACAGAAGCCCAUAACAACCAGACAUUUGUUUACAUUAGCCAUGCCCUUCUUGAUCAGAGCUGGACAGAGGAACUUUGGCGCCCAAAGCAGGAGUGGCUGUGUGCACCCUAAUCUCCAAAGUCCCACCUCAAAAUUCCCCCAGUCUGGAAGAGUUAUCGGUGGACACAGACCAUCUGACACAGGAAGGUUGAGGAGAGACACGAAACUGGUCCAAACUGAGCUGCUUAAAUAGUGUGCUGGUGCAUACUACAAUAAAUCAUAUUUACUGAAAUGUUCCCACCUUCCUAGCAGUUGCCUGUACUGCCUACCUUGUAGAUCUGGCCUUGGUUGUAAGAUCAGCCUAAUACUUAGGAACUGGUUACCUCUCAAGGGAUCUUUGGGAGUUGUAUUUUUAUAGCAGUGCAAGUGCCAGAGUUUGGACCCCAGUAUUAGACCAAACACAACUAAUUGCAGACUUGCAACUGAGUCACUGUAGUUGUGCAUUUUUUUUACCUUUGUAGAUAAAUGCAAUCCUAUUAAAUAUUAGUUUACGCCAGAGAUUCCCAAAUGUGCAGUCUUUCUUUCUGUACAUCUUCCUCCAGAUAUAAAGAUUUUUAGCAUGCCUAAAUCCUGAUUGCUUUUGAUUUCAGCUUAUACAAUAACCAAACAUCAUUAAAUAUGCAUGCUUCUUUCUGUAUCCCAAUGAUGGAUAACAUGUUUAUACACCGCCAUACCCACUAAAGGGGCAAUUGUUUUUUUCCAGCUGGCCCAUGUAUGUCUAGUUAUUUUCCACAGGUGGGGUUACAUUCACUAGAGGAAAAGGGAAGCCCUAUUUAGUACAAAUAUGGAGUCUAUUAUUCAUAAUGCAUUUUCUUUACUACUAUAAAAAUGAAAUAAAACAAUUGGAUUAUUGUUAUUCUUUUAAUUUAGCAGCCUUAUUAUUACAGAGAGAAAGUAAAUUGGCCAAAAAUUAAGAAUUGCUCAUUUGAAUGGGACUAAAGUAAUGAAAUGACAUUUCCGUAUUUUAGCACUAUCUGGGUAACAGGUUUCUGGAUAGUAGAUUCCCUACCUGUGAUAUUUAGAUAUCAUUUCCUUUUUGAAGAUAUCCAUUGUCUGGUUCACAGAUUGCUUUUGAUCUUCCCACCUCCAUCAACUGGGAAUUCUAAUAAUCAGAUUUCUUUUAUUAUUCAUUAACUAGAAGCUUUUAUUAGUCAAUAAUUAAUCAUUUUAUAUAUCUAUUGCCACUGCUGGAUCUGAGUAAAGUACAUGUAGCAAGCUACAAUAAUUUAACGAUUUUAAAUAUGAAAGUACUAUGCAUAUUAAACUUUCACCUUAGCUCUGGUAUCUAUGGCAACGACAGGAUCAAAAGUCAAACCAAAUGAUGACAGGAAUAUAAAUUAAAGAACAACUCACCACAAAAUGUGCUUUAAUUGACAUGGAUUGCAGGGUGUGUCAUUGUACAAAUCUGCCUUUUUGGUUGCAGUAUAAGCAAAAUCAUGCCCAAACACAUUUCUGUAAACGAGUAUGUGUUUUUAUACCAGCAAACAGCAGCUACAGGUAGAGGAUCUAUUAUCGGAAAUGCUUUGGCCUAGGGGGGUUCUGGAUACGGUGGUGGUGGGGACUAAUGGAUCCAGCACCUGUACCUGCUAUGGACAAAUGAUAAUUUGGAUAUAUGUUGUAUGUGAUACUCAGAUGAGCUUAUUAUUAAAGGACCGAUAUUUUGUAAGCUGCAUUUGGAACUUAUGUUAAGAACUUUCAGUCCACAUAUAAAUGAAUCGUUACUUAUCUAGGCAAGGGCAUGUGUGAAAGUAUAAGUCACAGUAGGGCUCAUUUACUAAAACUGGAAAAAAAAUAUAUCCCUGGUGCAGUAACCCUUAGGAGUUGAUCGUUUUGCUGCAGGAAAAAAAUAGAAGCAGAUACAGUAGCUGCUUAGUUGCUAUGCGUUACUGCACUAGAACAGAUUUGCCCAGUGUAAGUAAAUGAGAUGCAGCAACUGUUAGCACUGAGGAGGUUUCAGAGCAUGGACAGCUUUUGAAUAUUUUCCUGUGUUCCUGUCUGUAAUUGUUUUUUUUUUUUUUUUACUUUAUUUGCUCUAAAUGUGGACCAAAGCCAUUAUGUCAACGUCAACUAUAGGACAACAUGGGCAGAUUGAUGUAAAAUAAGAUUAUUCAGAGUAGCACUUGAGUCAGAUCCUCUUUCCAAAGUUCAGAUGUCAACAGCAACCAAUAGGGCUUGCAAUGCAAUGUUUCUCUCUCUCUCUCUCUCUCUGCCAACCGUUCUUUUGUUGAUAAAAGUAGCUCUUGCAAAUGUCCAUUCAGAAAGUGGUUAAAGGCACAUGUAGUGUGUCACACGCAGAGACAGUCACUUUCCAUUCAUGGAGUGGAAUGUUUCUGAUGCCACACCUAUGCCCACCAGCAGAGAAAAAUGGCAGUACAUCUCAUAUAUCCAUGAGUAUAUUCAAAUAAAUAAUCAAAAAUCUAUCUGUUGUGCUGAGACAGGCAAAUGGCAUUGUUGUCAUUUCCCAUCUGGAAUGUAUUGAUAUCUUCUCUGCAGGUAUUUUUACUCCGACUGAUAAAAUGCCACGUAUAUCUGCAAUCGUAUAGAUGUAGAAGAGGAGGAAUCACUGUAUGUGAUAGCCGUGGGACAUUCCAAUAGCUUUUUCUACCUAGAUGCAAUAUGAAUGCAUACAAUUAUAUCGCUUUAUAGUAAAAAUUACAGUCUAUCCAGAGUUAUUUUCAAACUGUUGGUGCCAAGUAAAUGCAUCUUAAUUAGCAUUAAUUAGGUUUCUUUGUUGUUGUAAGAAGUUGCACUUUUAUAUAGCUUUUGUAGCCCAUGAGAUUCCUGCAGAUAAUUGUGAGGGGGCAGAAAUGCCAAAAUGAAAAAUAAUUCUCCUUAAAAGCUCAGUGUUCAGCAUUUUGACAACUUUAUGUGAUAUUUACAGGAGUUACCCGCAUACUUAACAGUGGUGCAACUAGAUAUUACUGGGCCCCACAGCAAAUUAUUUUUCAGGCCCAAAAUGUUUAGAGGUUGACAUGUGCACCUAUUACAGCACAUCCUCUGCAUGGUAUUUGUUGUCAUGUUGAUUUCUUUUGUUCACGUGAAAAUCAAAUAAAAUAUUUUAAACAUA